AGCAUUCGGGCCGAACAAGAGUCUCGCGCACGAGAGCGCACAGAGCUGACACAGGAGUAACAGCAGCAGCAGGAGGAGGAGGAGGAGGAGGAGCGCGCGCGCGCGAACGAGAGCCAGAGAGCGAGAGCGCGAGAGCCCCGUUCCAAAUAACACACACACACACACUAGAGCACGCGACAUCAUCAGCAGCAGAAGCAGCAGCAGCAGGAGGAGGAGGAGGAGGAGGAGGAGCGCGCGAGCCGAGUUCAGCUCAUAAGCAGGCACGCGGAGGAGGAGCAGGCGCGCGCCCGCCGAGUUCUCCCUCUGUCUCUCUGCGGUGCAGAGCUGGAACACAAGAAGAACUGCUUCUUCUUUUUUUAAAUCCUUUUCAUUUUUUCUUUCUUUCUUUCUUUUCGGAUUCGCUGGCACACCGGAGGGACUGGAGCCCUUUGUGUUUUUUGCUGUUGUUGUUUGUUUUUUUUUUUCCCCGCGCGCAUUUUUUUUUUUUUUUUAAUUUUUAAAAAAAAUCCUAUUUAUGAUUCAAGUUCAACUUUGCGAAAGGACCUGAGAUUUGUGCACUGACUUUUUUUUUUUUUUUUCCUCUACCUCUGUUUUUUUUCUUUCUUUUCUUUCUCCUUUCUCCUUUUUCUCGCCGCCCUGCUGUAAUAGCAGACUGUAAAUGCGAAAAGAAAGUCGGCAAACCAUGCAACUCGUGCACCUCGCGACGUCUGGUCUCGUGCAUUAAUCUCUGAAACAAACAAACAAAGUUUAUUCGUGCUGUUUUUUUUUUUUUUUUUUAAGCAAAAGUUUUUUUUUCUUCUGAAACAUUCCCCCGUGUCGGUGCACGCUGCACGGUGUAAAGUGGAGGACUUAGACAGACUCUUCUUGCAUGCGAUUUGAGAAGGAAGAAGAGCAGAAGCAGCAGCAGAAGCAGCAGCAGAAGCAGAGGUGCGUUUUUGCCACGCUCACGUACGCGCACAGCAGCGGAGACGCGAUGAGCGCCGAGGUGCUGCCCACAAGCCCGCUCGCCCUGGUGGACUACGUCAACGACUUCGACCUGCUCAAGUUCGACGUGAAGAAAGAGGCGCUUCACGGAGUAGUGAACGGCGGCGGCGGCGCGCGCGCGUGCCCCUCGCGCGUGCAGCAGCCCCAGGGCUCGGUGUCGUCGACUCCGCUCAGCACGCCGUGCAGCUCCGUGCCCUCGUCGCCCAGCUUCAGCCCCACGGAGGAGCACAAGAGCAACCUGGAGGAGCUCUACUGGAUGCCCGGUGGCGGCUACCCGCAGCACGUCGACCCUCACGCGCUCGGCCUGACGCCCGAGGACGCCGUGGAGGCCCUGAUCGGGCAUGCUCCGCCACCGCACGUGCAGCAACAGCAGCAACAGCAGUUGCAGCAAGGAGGCGGUUUUGAGGGUUACCGACCUGCCAUGCCUCAUCACCAUCAUCACCACCAUCCUCACGCGCAGCACCAUCCUCAUGCGUACGCUGCGCUUCAGCAGCACGCGGAUGACCUGCACCCUCACACGCAGCAGCAGCAGCAGCAGCAGCAUCCUCAUCAGCACCACAGCCAAGAUCCGGACAGCCCGUCUCCGACCUCUCCUCAGCUCCAUCACCACCGCCAUCACGCGCAACACACCAACCAUCACGGCCACCACGCUCACCAACACCACCACCAUCACGCGCAGCAGCAGCAGCAUCACGGCAGCGCGCUGAGCAUCCUGGGCAUGGAGGAGCGCUUCUCCGACGAGCAGCUCGUCUCCAUGUCCGUACGCGAGCUCAACCGGCACCUGCGCGGCUUCUCCAAGGACGAGGUGGUGCGCCUGAAGCAGAAGAGGCGCACGCUCAAGAACCGUGGCUACGCGCAGUCCUGCCGCUUCAAGCGCGUACAGCAGAAGCACGUCCUCGAGAGCGAGAAGACGCAGCUCCUCAACCAGGUGGAGCAGCUCAAGCAGGAGAUCGGACGCCUGGCGCGAGAGCGGGACGCCUACAAACUCAAGUGCGAGAAGCUGACAUCAGCGGCUGCGGGUUCGAGCGCCGGAGCGGGCGGGUUCCGCGAGGCGGGUUCCACCAGCGACAACCCGUCUUCACCAGAGUUCUUCAUAGCGUUAACACACUUCUCAACUGUUCAGGACGGGAAAAAAAGACGUUCGAAUCAAUACUGAUGCUAAGAAGAGAGAGCAAGAAAGAGAGUGAGAGAAAGAAAGGGAGAGAGAGAGAAAGAGAGAGAGGGAGGGAGAGAGAGAGAGGACCUUCGGACUUUGUUGUUUUCUUUGGACUUCUCCCUCUUGGGUCCAAUAUGUCAAUUUUUUGAGAACAAGACAGUAUGCAAAACUUUUAUGCAACAUCUCAUCGGUUUAUUGCCUGCUUGGUUAAAUAAAAGAAAAAACAUGAUAAAUAUACUGCAUUAAAAUAUUAAUCCUGCAUGCUGGACAUGUACGGUAAUAAUUUCUAUUUUGUACUUCCUUGUUUAUUUUUUCUUCUCCGUGUAUCUUAAAUAGCAUGUUGUUGAUCUUUUUUUCCCUUUCUUCCCAUCGAUGAUGUUUCUGGGACUUUAGACAUGAACCGGUGGCCACAUCACCAGUUACGACGCCGUUCGUUCGGGGCUUGUAAAUACAUGCAACGGCAAAAAAAUUUGCAAGAUUGAAAAAAAAUUAAAUAAUGAAUGAGUUGAGCAGAGCUUUGGGAACUUUUUAAUGAUUAGAUUUUUUUUUUUUGUAAUAUUUUGGGGCAUUUUUUUUGCAGUUGCAUCAAAAGUCGGCCGAGUUUGUAUAUUAAGUGCACUUUUCUUUGGAUUUUCUUUUCAUUUUGAGUCUUUUUUUUUUUUUUUUUUUUUUGCAGACCGCCCUCAAGGAAGACAUAACAAAGAUACACUCUGUGUUAGACUCGAUACACUUUGCAUUUGUGUUGCAAGGUCAUGCAAUGAAAAAAAAAAAAGAAAACAAAAUGCACAUUUUACACACACACACACACACACACACACACACACACACACACACACGAUGCAAUUCCUUGAGGAGCAGUUUCCCGCUCUGCAGACGCCGGAGUAAAGCGCUGCGUGUUUUCCAGCGUGUUUUAUGCACCAGAGCUGCUCGUGUUUCCUUUUUCAUUUCGACUCGUAGCAGGAAAUGCAGUUUUGUCCCGUUGCAUAAUCCAUGCCUGUUAUAUAAUCCGAACAAAUAUCUACAAGUCUCAUCAUUUUUCACUUUCAAUUUGUUUCUUUUUUAAUUAUUAUUAUUAUUUUCCUGUCAGUUUCAUGAGCUGAAAAUUUCUAGAAUUUAAAAAAAAUCAAAGCAAUUAUAAUUCUAACAAUUUCCUAAAAUCAGGGUUUUUAAAUUUUUUUUUUUAAUUAUUGUUUUCAUUUUCUUGUACCGAGUUUGAGUGAUCAUUGUUUAAUGUUUUCCUGUAUUUUUUUUCUGCCGGUCAGUAAAAAAAAGGGAUUCAGGUUUUGCAAAAUCUCAAAAUGAAAAAAAUGUUAUGUUCUUAUUCAUGUUAUUAUUUGUAUUGUUUUUUUUUCUCUCUGUUUUCUGAGAUUCUGGUUCUGCUGGCCAGAUGCAUUAUAGUUAUAGUUAUGGUUUUAUUUUUUAAUGAUUAAAUUAACAGAACUUGUCAGAUCAUAUUGAAUAAGAGCAUGGUGCUUGCAUUUAAGAAUUAUUGUUAAAAAAAAUGAAACAAACAAACAAAAAAAAAAGAAAGUCAUGCAUUUAAUCUUGUUUUUGUUUUUAUUUCGUUACUGAUUCAACUGUGUUGAAAUCAAAUCUGAAACUGCAGCAGCGGGUUGUUGUUCUGUUGGUUAAUUUCCUGUCUUAAUGCAAGGGGAUCAAUUUUCAAUCCUGUUUAUAUAUAAAAUAAAUGAGAGAGAGAAAAGUUGUUAAAUUUGAACUUCCAUUCAGGCUGGUUUCUGUUUCAUCUUAUUUUUUUUUGGUUGUCGUUUUAUGGAAGAAAAUGGUUUCCUAUUUUGCUUAUUAAAGUCAUUGAAAUGGCAA